AUGAAUGUCUGGUCUGGGGCCAUCGCUCUAAACGGGGCGUCUCGACUCCAAGGUCUGCAGUUAAUAGAUCGAUCCUCGAAUUGGCAGUCAGAUAUACCCAGAGGCGCGACUCUGAGCCUUCGCAGUUUCGUAAAUCCCGCUUUGAUCCCAUUAUUCGCACGCGUCGGCCCCAACCUUGAACUCCAUGCUAGUGAUCCAGAAACACAGCAAUGGCUGAAGAAUAAAUUGCUGGGGACACUCUGGGUGGAAGAGGAGGACCUGGAUCGCUUUCAGACAAUACAAAGUCCCGUUGGCUUUCUUGUCAAUGCCAACAGCGCAUCACGAACGAAGACCUCAGGCUCAUCCACAACCGACCUUCUGAUCUACGGGAUUCUGUCGAACGGAACGUCGAUCGAGAGACCACCUACCCCGCCAGAAUCUUGCUCCCCAAGUUCAGACAAUCCGCUUCAUAACGGCUUGAAGCAGGAACUGAGGAUAUAUGCUGCACCACUUUCGAGUUCCCUUAUCACCAAAGCGCACGCCCUCCCGACACCCGAGAAUGUUCAGGAACAGGGUGAGGAGGGCCAAUAUGCGCAGUUCCUCCCAGACCUCCGCUCUCCGAGUCCCAAGCGAAAGCGCGUGGCCACAUUAUUCGAGUCGGUUGCGCAGCAUCAUAAGAGGGUCCGCCAGAAGGGCGGAGAGGCUGUGUCACAAUUAAUGGCACACUCUCUAUCCCAAUCUCAGCAGUUACAGACCUUUCGAAUUAAACGAGAACCAGAAGACCUGGGGCUACCGUCUUCCAAUCGGAUUACGUCGCAUCGAGCGAGGUCUCUUUCUGUCGGCACGAAUUUGCAUCCAAGCAAGCCAUUAGAGCUCCGGACAGAUCCUUCUCGGCCUAGCAGUAACCGAAGCCAUACGCGCGAGUUUGCAUCUAGGAGGAACACGCCCAGCUUUGCUAUGGAGACUGCGUCAAAGAAAGACAGGAAAGAGAGGGAAUUCUCCCCAGCGUUGCCAUCAUCUGAUGGGAAAUUGGAGCUUUCGUCGUCACCGAAGGAUGCGGAAAGCAUCAUCCUGGACAACAAGAACACCAUUACUCGGACUAUCCUGACCUGUAUGCGGCUUUAUGGUUUCAAUCGCCCCUCUACACGAUCUUCAAAUAAGGGUCACGUUGAUCCCCAGGAGACGGCUCCGACAAACACAGAAGAUCGGAUGAUGACAGAUUCCGUCCCCCCGGGCAACUCUUCUAGCACUGACGAAGAUGAAUUCAAGUCCAUGUACCACGCGACUUAUCGUGCAUCGACAUUCGCCCUGCGCAAGUAUCUGAAGGAGCCUGCUUGCGACGAAGGGGCUUUGAAGUCAUUGCCGCCCGUCUUGGAGAAGGGAAAAGCGAUGACCUAUAUAGACGAGUUUUUGAGGCUGUUCUGUGAAGAGAACUGA